AUGCAGGGUGUCGACACCCGGCCGGCACGUGAUGAGAGCGUGAAAAAUGUCCGAAAAGGGAUUUUUCGCGGCUUGAGAAAUAGGGAACACAAGAUUGUGGAUUGCACGAAGCACUUUGGUGGUGGUAGUGGUGGUGGUGGCGACAGUGGAAAAGAAGGGUAUGGAAGACUGGAUUCAAAAUUGAUUGACCCGACCGCCAGUGGGGGCGCCUUGGCCACCCGCAAUUGCAUUAAAGAGCAGUACUAUGAGGGCCAGACAAUGGCGCAGAUGCCUAUCCAAGCUGAAAGUGGAGCAGAACACAAGGAUAAUCUCAUCUAA